CAUAUGUCGUAAAAUCUUUAUAUAUUAGUUGUACUAGACUUAUCAUAAUUCUGUGGCUGAGAAAAUGUGCAAUUUGAAUGGAAAGAGACAUGGUGUGUUAUGUUAGAAAAGCAUUGUAUUUGGGAUGAAAUUCCUUUUCUUUUAAACAGUUAUGGGCGUGUUGGCUUAUUACUGUAACUUAAGUUCAUGCCCAAGUCUGAGAUUAUCGACUUUUAGGAUUGUGGGUUCAUCAGAAAUUGGGGUGUCCAGAAGACAAGUAUUGGAACAAGUGGAUAAGGAGCUGAACAAAGGGGAUGAGAGGGCUGCACUCACUCUUGUCAGGGACUUGCAAGGAAAGCCUGGUGGGCUUCGAUGUUUUGGUGCUGCCCGGCAGGUUCCCCAAAGACUGUACACCUUGGAUGAAUUGAGACUGAAUGGAAUAGAAACUACAUCUCUUCUAUCACCAGAUGAUGCAACUCUGGGUUCAAUAGAAAGAAACCUGCAGCUUGCUGCUAUCUUAGGAGGGGUUGCAGCAUGGAAUGCUUUUGGGUUUAGCCCGCAGCAAAUCCUGUUUAUUUCUUUGGGCUUCUUGUUUCUGUGGACACUGGACUCGGUUUCAUUCAAUGGAGGAGUUGGUAGCUUGGUCCUUGACACAAUUGGUCACACUUUCAGUCAGAAGUAUCACAACAGGGUUAUUCAACAUGAAGCUGGUCAUUUCUUGAUUGCUUACCUGGUGGGUAUACUUCCAAGAGGAUACACAUUAACUAGUUUGGACGCUUUAAAGAAAGAAGGAUCACUCAAUAUUCAAGCAGGGACAGCUUUUGUUGAUUUUGAGUUUCUUGAAGAAGCUAAUGCAGGGAAAGUAUCAGCGACAACGCUGAACAGGUUCUCAUGCAUAGCACUAGCAGGUGUGGCAACUGAAUAUCUGUUAUACGGAUAUGCUGAGGGAGGCCUUGCUGAUAUAAACAAGUUGGAUGCAUUGCUCAAAGGCUUGGGAUUCACACAAAAGAAAGCAGAUUCCCAAGUCAGAUGGUCUGUGCUGAACACCAUCCUACUGCUGCGUCGACACGAGGCAGCCCGAGGUCAACUUGCAGAGGCAAUGUCCCUGGGAAAAUCUGUAGGAUCCUGCAUUGACAUUAUAGAGGAUAACAUCAAUGAUGAUGACAUCUAGUUGCAACUGGCUUUACUGGCUAACUCCCUUUGUCAUUUUUUCUCGACUUAUGAGUUAGAUGAGAUUGGACUUCAUACACAAAGAAGAUUUCUGUCAAUAUGGUGUAUCUGCAUCUGCUUUCAAAUGAAAAUAUUUGUAAUGUAGCUGACAGGAAGUAAAUUCAGUUGUGCAAUUUUUCCAUGGAAUUAAGCUUUGCCAUAAUGUGAUUGAUUAUUUGUAUUAGUAAUACCCUUAUUGUGAUAAAAUAAGAGGAUAUAUAGAUCAUAUA